AUGGAAGUUGCAAGCGAUAAAGAGAGGGUGGGUAACAGAACACAAGGCGAGAGAGUAAAGGAAGAGGAAGUAUCGAUGGGAAGAGGGAGUGAGGAAGUGAUCAGAGAAGGGAGAGGGAGAGGGAAAUUUGUUACUGUUGAUUUUGGAAAAACGAGGAAAGAGAGCGAUUGA